UGCAAGCAACCAGCUUCUUUUCCUCCCACAUCUUUAUAUAUAGGCCACUUCGCUCUGCCCCUCUGAAGCCAGCUUUCUUUGAUUGCCUUUGGCACUGAGAUUGCUUUUCUUUCUCCUUCUUCCUUUUCCCUUUCCCUCUCUCAACUGCAAUCAGUCUAUCCAACAAUGUCAGCCUUUUCGGGCCACCCUUUUCUAGACUUCGUCCUCCAGUCUGAUAUGAGCCAGGAUGGUAGCAUUGGGCCCUCUGGUUUUGAGGCCAUGGUGGAUGAGCCCUCCCCUGUUCCUCAUGCAUAUGGAGGCCAUCUGAAUCAUCAUGAUGCUCAUGACACCAGCUUCCUGAGCCAGCUUGUGAAGGAGAUGGAGGGUAUGCAGCGGAAGGAAGAGGUGGAGAGUGAGGAGAGGUGCAACGAUGGCGGUGAUGACCAAAGUGAUCCUGAGAAAUCCAUCGAGUGUAAGAAAAGGAACUCCAGUGUUUCCUGCAAGGAGGCCAAGGAUGGGAAGGCAAAGAAAGCAAAGACUGUCAACAAAACAAAAGAAGGGGAAGAAAAAAACAAGGAAAGUGAGGAGUCCAACAAAGGGUAUAUUCAUGUUAGAGCAAGGAGGGGUCAAGCAACAGACAGCCAUAGCCUUGCAGAGAGGGUGAGGAGAGAAAAAAUAAGUGAGAGGAUGAAGAUGUUGCAGACUCUUGUUCCUGGUUGCGACAAGGUAACAGGAAAGGCCCUCAUGUUGGAUGAAAUAAUAAACUAUGUCCAAUCAUUGCAAAACCAAGUAGAGUUUCUGUCUAUGAAGCUUGCUUCUUUAAAUCCCUUGGUCUAUAGUUUCAGCAUGGAUUUCCAAGGCUUCAAUGUCAAACAAGAGAACAUGCCUGCACCAUUACCGGCACUUCAGGAGUCAAAUUUCUCAUCACUUGCAGCCGAAUCUGAAAAAUUUUCAAGAGAUGUUGAUUCUACUGCGUGUCACUUAUCAAACACACUAUCCAUCUUGAACAGCACAGAUUACUCUGUUUUACUUCAAGACCAGUGCGAAGAUGCCUCGUCUCAGGGAAAUGGCAGCCUUGGAUGGAUCAUAGAGAACCAGUGGCUCAGAUUGAAUGAACAAGGGCUUCUCAAGAAAACGGGUUUCUUUCAACAGAGUUGAACCAUCUAAGAACAUGUUAUAAGCGGAGACAUUCCAUCACCACAAUCAGCAGCUUCAGAGAAACCUCUUGGCAAUAAAAGCAUUUGGCUCUCAAAAGUUUCAAUGAAGGGGAGCAUCUUCACCUGAACAAUCCCUGUCCACUAGUGUUGUCUAGCAACACACUAGGAAAUGUAGCAAUAUGAACACUAAAUAAGCUACCCUUUCACUUUUUAUCCUUUCCUCUUCUACCCUUUUUGUCUGUUUACCAUUCUCAUCAGUCUACAGUUCCAUGAGAAGACUAGAUGCUGUUAUGGACCUGUUUGGAAUCUUCCUCUCUCAAUCUCUCUGUGUAAUUGUUGAAGAAGUUAGCAUUUUUCUUCUACUGAUCUAUUGGUCUCAUGUACUCUGUAAAUUACAGCGUUUUAGAGAGAAAGAUAUCCAAGAUAUUGAUGCAGCCAUAUUUGUGUAUAUUAUCUAAAGAUUCCAUUCUCCA